GGUUACUGACAAGCUAAGUGCCAACAUCGCUACCCUGGCGUUUCCUUGUUUUGAUGGCUGUUAUCUUCCCAAGCAAGAAAAUGAAUUUGUUCACACAGUCCUGCACGAACUGGAUGCUUACCUACAGAGAGAGAAACAGAAAAGUGCCCUACUCUUCCCCCCUCUAUCAAGCAGACUUCGCUACCUGAUUCACAAAACCACUGAGAACCACCGUAACCUCGCCACCUUCUCCGUGGGGGAGGGCUGGAGCCGCAGAGUAGUUGUCUGCUACUCGCACCUCAGGCUGGAUCUGGGGGAUGAAAGCAACACAGACAGUUUCUACAAUGAGGCUCCUAGGAGAGGUAUGGGGAUGCAGAGCAGCAGAAUGGACCUCCAGCCCAGACCCCUGGCCCAGCGGAGCGGAGGUAAUGCCAAACGCCCUGACAAGGCCAUCUACGUCCCAAGGGCGGCUAGGGACAGGCAACGGGACAGUGGCAAUAAUCUCCACGGACCACCAGCAGGGGUGGACCUCGACAUGCCCCUGCCCAUUCUCAGCUUCACCUCCUCGGGAUGCACCUCCACCUCAGAGUCCUGCUCCUGCUGCUCCUCAGACACCACGGAGGGAACGCUGUCAGAAACGCAGGCCAACACCAACCAGGACAGUGUGCCUUCUAAUACCACUAGCGCUGGGCAGGAGGAGGACUUCAUUCGCUUCUCAGCGGAGGAGCCCUGCCCCCACGCCCCCGCCUGGGGCCAGACUGUGUCCUACUUCAUGGCCCUGACCCUGGAGCACCAGACUAGGGAAGCCCAGGAGGAGGAGGAACAUGUAGCGGAGGAGGUGCUGACGGAGGAGUCGCUGACGGAGGAGUCGUCUGUGGGCAGUAGCAACGUGGCCUCCCACCAACACCAUGCUUCUCAUACAACACCAGCCAAGGAUGCUGCUAACGAUGCUGUUGAUUUUAGCCAAGAGAUCAAGGCCCACUUGACAGAGACUGACGUGGCCAUCGAACACGCCCACAACGACUACUCUUGUUUCGAGAACGUGUGGAUCAACCAGGACGAAUUUGGCCAUGUCAUCGAGAUCUACGACUUCCCGGCCAUGUUCAAAACAGGCGACCUGCUGGAUGCCUUUGCAGACUACAGCGACGAAGGCAUGAAGAUUAAGUGGGUGGACAACACUCACGCCCUGGGUGUGUUCUCCAGUCAAUCUGCAGCCCUCCAUGCACUUUCCAUUCGGCACCCUCUCCUGAAGACGUGCACUCUGUCUGACGGGAGCAAGAAGGCCAAAGGGAAAGCCAUAAGACGUGCUGAGUUUAUCCAGCCGGUGAAGGAGAGGCCACGGACAGACUCAGUGGUGGCCCGCAGAAUGGUAUCCAGAGCCCUGGGAGUGCAGAGAGGUGGAACGCCCUCGCAACGUUUCUGACCGCUACAGCAGGUGUAAUGGCCUUUUAACGUAGACUCAAGAGAUACAAAGUAAACCACAGUAUUGGGAUGACUAAACUACCGGGCCUCACUCUGCAAUGUCUUUAGUUCACGUUGGUGCUUGUGAUCACUGCAUAGUGCAGAGUCUCAGUUUAAGAAAUCAAUACAAGGACGUCAUGGUUUGCUUGUUUCAUUAUUGUUUAUUACAGAAAACAUGCAAGCACAAAAUGCUUUUCCACAAUCAACCGUACAGGACAAUCACCCAUCUAGUAAAGAGUAACCUUGUCAAAUGAAGGGCUAUGUAGUUGCUGUAUCACAAACAGGACAAAAUGAUGCAAAGAUUCAUGUUCACAUGUCAUUCAUGACGUUAUACAAAUGAGAAAACAAACCGAUUUUAGAGUCCCCAGACAGUAAUAAUUUAAUAAAAUGUACUAAACUGAGCGAAAUAUGCUAAGACUAAAAUGUAUAUUUAUCUUAGGAUCUUAAGAUGAAAGGUUUUAAAUAUCGUUAGAGACAAACAAAUCCAGUUUUGAUCAUCAAAAACAAAGUGUCAGCUGUAUGGUUGUAAUAAUAUUGCCUUAUCCUUAGUGAAUACUGUACAGGAAGACAGGUUCUUCCUAUUAAUAUUUACAAUGGCUUGCUACCACAUUGUCACAGACUGGCAUGAAACUGCACUAAAAUUGACAAAUGAUUAAAAAAAAUAGAUUCCCAAUGGAGGCAAGACUUCUGCUACUUUCCCACCUACUUCAUAGUUGCAUAAAUUCCGUCUCAACACUUUUUGCAAAAAAAAAGUAAGAAACUGUCUCGAGGUGCAGCAGGUGUCAAAAACAUGUAUUUUUCUCUCCUUAUGGUGGACCAGAAAGGUUAGAUGCAUGUAUGUAUGUAUGACUGAUUUGAUAACAUGUACAGCGGAGUGCUGGUGCUAAGGAAAUUAGUGAGAUCAGUAAAGACAGAUGCUUCUUCAAGCUGGAUCUUUAAAACAGGAUUUUUUUUUGUCUGAAAUGUCCUUACAUCAAAUGUUGGCAUUGAGGUGAGAAAGGCUUUUACAUUUUCAUCCAGCACCAAUAGGGAGAGAACACAGUACAGUGCUCCCUCUAGUGGUUGAUAAUGUCACAACAGUCUUGCUGGUCAUUCUCAUCAGUUUCGUGAAAUAAAAUGUUCCUCCCAGUC